UGUUGCUUCCUUCCUGUUUCAUUCUCUCUCACUUCCUGUCAGCUGACUCAGCUGGAGAAUCUUGAUCUGGUAAACAUCUAUGUUACCGCCUCUGCCCACACUCUGUAUGUAGCCACUAAAAGAGCAAUGUACCGUACAAAGGUUUGCACUGAAGACUAAUUGAAGACAACAGUACUUCCUAUUCAUUUAUGUAACAAAAAAAUACGAACUGUAAACUAUAUUGUUCUCAAGGCUUAAGGUUGUGUCAAGGUCAGUAGCCUGAGCUUAACACAAGUGUCUAUAAAAUGAAAAAAGGUCUACAGACGACAAUCUAAGAGAGCAUAUAAAAGUGGGAAGUAGGUACCAGAUCUGUAGCGUCAAAACAGACAGCAAAGGAGAUGAAACGCAGGCAAGAGAGAAGUUGAAAGGCAGAAUGAGAGAAAACAAAGUUGGGCACUUGGUGAGAAAGAGAGAGAUAAGGAUAAAGUAAAAAGACGGAAAGAGAGACAGAGAUGGAGGUGGGGGGCAGAGAGAUAAAGAUAGCUGAAAGGAGGGAGAUCCGUCAGCGUUGUUUCCUCAGGAUGUGGUUACCACGACGACAAAAAGGCAGCGAGGCAACAUCACUGGUCUCCUCUGACACCUGCAAGUGUGUGAGUGUGUGUGUGUGUGCGAGUAUGAAACUCACAAGUGUGUGUGUGUGUGUGUGUGUGUGUGUGUGUGUGUGUGUGUGUGUGUGUGUGUGUGUGUGUGUGUGUGCGUGUGCGUGUGUGUGUGUGUGUGUGUGAAAGACAGUGUCGUGGUUGCAUUUGUCCAUUCUGUGUGACAGAGUGAAACACUGCAGUGAGAAAGGCAGACAGUGGUAGGACGGAACCAAAAAUCUGAAGCGGGAAAUAAUUAGACACACACCCGGGGCCGCGGAGAACCAGCAGAGACAGUCAGAGAGAACAAUGAGGACCAGCAGGAGAACAGCCAGAACUACAGAACAUGAACAACAGACGAGCAACAACAUAUGUAAGAAGGAAAUUAAGCGCCAAGAACGGAGCAGAGUGUGGUUUCAAGAAAGACAAAUCAACAAAGGCUUAAAGAUUUAACGCUACAGCACACAACCCGGCGGCUUUGUUCUCUAGCUAAACCCAGCAAGUCGUGAUGGACGAACGCUCCUUCCCCAACCUCCACUCCCAUCGCCACCACCCCUCGUAUCACCUCGGUGUCCAGAGCCCAGAGGCCGGAUACCUGUCCUCCCAGUCGGCUCUGGACUCCCUGGAGCCGUACGCAAACAGAGGGGAAGAAUCCGCGCCUUCGUUUCCGACAUCAAACACCUCUUCUGGGGGGAGGAAGGGAAGCAGUGCGGGCGAGAGAGGCUUCCUGAGCACCACCGGUAGCUCUGUGGGUGAGGAGGCCGGAUUGGGAGGCCAUCUUGACGGACCUGGACGCUUGAGCAGCCACUAUGGAGACCCUUGGUACGGCGUGAGCAAGAAAGAGGACGUGUGGGAAGACGGUGAGAGCUGUGGGAGCUCUGCCGACGAUUUCAACGGCAACACAAGCAACCUGUUCUACUCCGUGAACUGUGGGGGCGAGGAAGGUCGGUCCAAACUCAGAGCAAACUAUACCAGCAACACGUACGCCCAGGUCAACUGUGAAGUGAAGAGUGAACCCCUUUACAGCGAGGAAGCAAACGCCGGCCACUUCACGAAGCAGUGCGGUUCCUACAACAGAAGCGCCGGCAGCUUCAGCGACAGCAGCGUUGAUUACUGCCGGACGGAUUUGAAAGGGGCUGAUUUUCUGGGAAGGGAGGAGGACUACGGAUCCAGCUGCGGGUCCGGCGAGGAGCAGCUUCCAUCGGCGGACGCCGAGGGGCCCUGGCUCCCGUCUCCUCUGGUUCAAAGCGGAGAGGAGCGGUGGAGGGGAGCGGCGGGGUGCCCACCCCAGAGGAUCUACCCCCAGAAGCUGGACUCAUUCUCCGAGGCGUUCCUCUCCCAGAGGAAGAGAAGGUUCCCCUUCAUUCCCGGUGGGGACGGCGCCGGGCAGAUGUGGGACUUUGGAGUGGGCAGAGGAGACAACCCUGGGCUGCCGAAGUCCAGGCACAGCUGCGCCUUCGAUUCGGACGCGUACCUGCCCCCCUCCUCCUCGCCCUCCCCCGGCCACCCCUCCCUGCCCUCCUUCCCAUCGCCGUCCGCUUCGUCCCACCUCAUUUCUUCAGUUCUUAGCCCCCCACCCACGCCUCUUCCGCCUCCCUCCCACUCCCCCUCCAAGAUGGACUCCCCCGGCGCGUUCGGGGGAACCGGGCACUCGGUUCCCCAGGGGGGGGACCCGCUCGGCACGCUGCAGUUCUUCACCUCGCGCCUCCCGUCGCUCCCGUCAGUCCACAACGCGGGGAUGAUCUGGAAGAUCCCCAUGCUGUCGCACUGCUAUCCGCAGACGUCGGACGACCUCGGCAGCGGCGACGGCAACCUGAGGCCGUCGCACGGCGGCGACUUUGAGAACAUCCCAGCCCCACACGAAGGCCUGAAGUCUCCCGACUUGCCGCCCCUGCCUUCUUCGGCCCAUCGCCCGUCCCUCCACGCGGCCAGGGCUCUGUGUCCGUCGAACGCGGCGCUCCUCCACCUCUCGUCCCGGUCGUCUCAGCUCCCGGUCCAGCGCUACGAGGAGGCGGAAAAGACGACGCCUUACCUGGCGAUGAAAGCGAAGAACGGGCCGACUGACCAGAACCAACCACAGCAGCAGGAACUGAUUUCACCACAGAAAAAACAACCCCCAGCCUUCACUGGGACCCCGUUCCCCAGCGUCCUUCGCUCCGGCAGGGGUCAGGCCAGGGCUCACUUCACUCCUCCGCCCCUCCUUAAUCCCUGUCGCAGGGGAACGGGGCUGUACUCCUCUGUCUCAUCCCUCCACCUCAGAGAGGAAGUCCCAGCGUGUGGGCAAGGGGACAAGGAGGUGCUACCCCGUGCCAACGUGGGUCCUGAGUUCCAGGCGGAGCUUCCUUCGUGCCCUGUCAAUGCCAAGAAGUCAGGAUUGCGGACAGCUGAUGAUGAGUCUCCCAGGGAACAGUUGCUCUGGAAACCAAAGGAUAGACUGGAUGAGAGCUCCAGCUUGCAAGACCAAGUGGAGAAGCUGUUAUCAGUGUGUAGUUCCAGCUGCCUGCCAGGAGGGGGCAGUAACACGGAGCUGGCUCUGCACCGUCUGCACUACUGUCAGGGGAACAUCCUGGCCACGCUGGAGUCGCUGCUGUUCUCUCAGCCCUCACCAGCAGGAGACUACCACUACUCUGGCAGUGAUGUUUGGACCGACGCUGAAAAAAACGCUUUCAGUGCAGCUCUGGGGGCGUAUGGGAAAGAUUUUGCCCUAAUACAGAAAAUGGUGAGGACUAAGAGCACGCGUCAGUGUGUUGAGUUUUACUAUCUGAGCAAGAAGAUCCUGGACAAGCAGAAAAAGCUGGAGGAGCAGGAGAUCAGAGAUUUGGAGCUGGAGCAGCAGAAAAGUGCGCUGCCCAGCUGUCAGCCAAUGGAGAGACCACAGGAGGCGGUCCCUGUGCCCCCACUGGCCAGUUUCUUCCCCUGCAAGCUGUGCGGAAAGAUGUUCUACAAGAUCAAAUCUCGUAACGCUCACAUGAAGAUCCACCGGCAGCCUCAGGAGGACUGGACCGAUAGGCAGCUGCAGCACCAGCUCCUCACCCAGCGUCUGGCCCUCAGCCAUUCCACCAGCCUCAUACCCACCAGCAAUCUGCUCUCCUCCCAGCCAGCAGCUCUGACCUUUGACCCCUCCGGCCUUCCCGGAGCGCUGAGCAACAAGACUAAUGCCGAAACUGAUCUCAACUCUGUGGCCAAUAGCAACGUCGCAGAUCCCAGCCCUGCCGUGACUUACAGCAGCAUGGCCUCCUCAGACUCUCAUGAAACCAUUCACAUCGGUGCCGGGGACUCGAACCAAAGAGAGCCCACCAUUGUCUUACCUUUCCCCCAGUCCUGGGGAUCAUUUGGACACAUUCCAGACCCCGCUGCCUUCUACUGCUCAGCAGAUGGGAAGGAGCAUGUAGAAGCCGGGGCAGCAGGGAGGAAGGAGCCCCCCCACUGGCCGUAGUGUUCCUCCCAUUGCAUUAGCAUCACUGUGUUGUGAAAAUAGCAAACUGAAGUACAAACUCAUUUUAAUUCAAACUUGUCCAUUAAAUGCAUUUAUAACUUUACUUACUGUACUGUAAAUUUUGGACUUCAGCGUGUUUCAUAUUUAAAUGUUUUUCAAUGCCUUUUAUAUGAAUAAAAAUCUUAUAUUUGUA